UGGCGUAAAGGGCGGGUGAAAAGGUGAACCCUUCGAGCCAACCAGCUUCGGGGCCGCAGCCAUGCCGCCGCCCCCACAUGGAGGCGCCCACGCCUCCCGCAUCCGGCCGCUGCCCUCGGUGUCCAAGGCGCUGUCACCGGAGGUCUGCGCCAGGGCCUUCUUCACCACCACCAGCGGGGACACCAUGAGGAACCACUUCGCGGACGCCUCGGCGCAGAUGGCCAGGAGCAGUUCCUUCAGCAGCAUCUUGCAGCCCCCGAGCAGGUACCAUCCCUCGGUUGGGGGCAUGCAGCGGUCCAUGUGUACCUACAACUCCACCUUUCAGCAGAAGUCUUUGGAUGCCUAUGGUCCCACCAACGAGCUACGGGAGCUGUACAAGCAGCAAUCCCGGGGUUCCGGCUCCAAUGCUCCGAAGCCGCCCUUGAGCUCGGUGACGACAACCAAGUCGUCCUAUCCUGCAUAUGUGGAGGAAGCGGCCGCCGGCGCAGUGGCCGAGAUUCAGCGCCCGGCGCAGGCCGUGCACGUGGACCCCUCGGCCAAGUUCCUGGAGAGGAGCUCAGUGCUGCACCGGGACUUCCGGCGCUUCGACGCGCGCCAGAUGCAGCGGUGUCACCCCGAGCCCGCGGCGCCGCCCCAUGAUGCCAAGAUGGCGCCGCCGCUGUGCCCGGACCGGGACUCGCGGUUCCAAGGCAUUACGCAGUACCGCCGCGACUAUGGGCACUGAGCAGUUGGAUUGAGCGAGAAGUUAGUUGCUCUUUAGCCGAAAUACCUCUCCACCCUGCAGAUGAACAUGCAGCCCUCAAGGCAGGCAUGCAAAAAAGGCAUC